GGUUUUUAGCCUCAACCUUAAAGACCAUUGCUAACGGGUGGAAGAGAUCCGGAAUGAUCGGUCUGUCGGUCUGUGCUUCAAGCAUCAUACUGCAUCAAGCAAGCUUUUCCAAAACUGAUGCUGAUUGAUACCAUACCGGUAGAAGACACAUUGAAGGCAAGGCAAGGACAGACAAGCGAGUGGUGGCAGCAGUUACUACAGUACCGUAUAGGAAGGCAUAGUAUUAGUUAGAUAUGGGCAACAAGCGUCGACGAACUCCGUCGUUUGUGACGGCAGGCAUCGGUGAUGGACAACAUGUGGGUCGUGAGAACAGCAAGCAAGGCCAAGGAGGAUCUCAUGGCCAAAUUGGGAAGCUUCGAAGACCUCCCGAUGACGACUUGAUUCGGUUAGCGCAGACAGCAAGACGCAACAGCAACAACAAUCCCAACAAUUAUCGUCUUCGACCAGCUCGAAACGAGCGCCUUUUCCGAAUAGAAGAUGAGCCCAGGAGGGAGAGUCGUUGGGAUGUCAUGUUCGGAUCCCCUAGCACGGACGGAAAUGGAAAACUGGACACUGGUUUCGUCAAUCCCAUGAGAGCGACUGAACCAUGGCAGCUUUCGGCUUUCACUCUAGUAGGGAUCGUUCUCCUCUUGAGUGCCUUGUUUCUGCAUUUGGUAUCUGACGGCUCUGGAUCCUCAUCAAGUUCCUCAGGCACACAACAUCAUCACAGCCACAGAACACCCAAGUAUCGUCGCUUUCACGAUCGCAAUAACAAACGGAAAUCGAGCGGAGGAGCCACGAGGAAAAAGAAAACUGACGAAUGGAUAUCUGAUGAAUCGGGGACUGAAGAAGAGGAGGGAGCUUCGGAUGGACAGGCUUCCACCAGCACGCCCAAAAAAGCCACAGGAUCCUCUAACAAGGCAGUCUUCUAUUCUUAUCAGCCACGACAUCGAAAACCAAGUGCUGGAGGAGCAAAGGAAACAUAUGGGGCGACAUACUCACCUCUUACAGCACCGAAACAAGAAGCAUCUGGAUUUCACAGUCGGAAUUACUACCUCACUCCAGCUCAUGGUCCAGUCAUGAUGCCCUCCUACCACAGCCCAUCUCCAGCUUCGCAAAACAAUAAGGUGCGACUGGCAAGUCCUUCCCAUCAUCCGCAACCACUGCAAAAUAUUGACAACAAUAAGCGAUCAUCGGCUACGAAACAGCAGAAUUUGCCACCCGAAUCACCCUUGGCGGACAAUUCUUUUGUAGUGGCCACGGGAUUGGAGACCUUCCAGGCAGAUCCUCCGCCGGUACCGGUAGUGGCUCAAAUCCAACCGCAGCAACCAUUGGAAAUAACGAGACCACCCUUGGGUAUCCAUGGGAACAUGGAAGAAGAUGACGAAGAGAGCCAGCACAGUUCCAAAAACGUAACUCCACGCGGACAGACACACUCUCCGGCUGUGAGCCCCUCGUUGCAUCCUUGUCAGUUGAGUUACACGCACAGCGGUAGCAAUUCCUACACUGCCUACGGUAAUUUCCACAUGGAUGAAAGCCACCACGUUUCCAACAGAGGCAGCGGGCACACUCCUAGUCGCGUUUCCUCGUCAUCCAAUCAUUCCAGCGUUGGAAUGAUGUCGCCUCGUGUCGAAGUCGAUAUUGGUGAUCUGGAAACGCCAAGAGCUGGAAUGACUAGAAAAACCGUGGACGUGUCGCUGGAUGGCCAAGGACUCAACAAUCGAGGUGGGAUGUUGAUGAAACAAGGCUACCAAGCUUACUCCAAUCGUGCCCAACCACGCCCCAAUAGCAACAGCAGCAAUCGUAGCAACAAUAUCGAAGAUCCAUUCCAGAUUCUUCGCCUACCCUCGGUCCCAUCCAUGGGAAAACCUCAAGCAGCUGGUGGUUUGAAUGCGCAUCAUCCGGUGGAAGGAGCACAAGGGAGCCAGCAGGGACAAGGAGCCUUUGGAAUGCCUUUGCUUCCCAGCCUUGAUCCAUCCAAUAGAAGGCCAAAUGCUUGGAAGCAAGAAGAUAAUCUCAGCCAGACAACAAACGGUACGGCUGCUCCACGUUCCAUUUCGGUGGAGGAAUUGAGGCUCGUACAGAUGGAAUCUGGAAGUGCUUCCUGGCAGGUACAGGAUGCAGCUUCUGGUCCUGGCGCUGCGAAUGUUCAGUCAUCUUCAAAGGAACCUGAGAAGGUACCGAUUGUUCCAGAUUUGGGUACUUCCAAGGACCUGUUUGCGUUUGUCCCAUCCACUGACGACGAAGAAACUGAUGGAGAAUUCGCGGUGGAAACAAACGAAGCACGCAAGAGCAUUGUACACAAGCGUGCCAAUAUCACCGAAGCCACGGACGCUGCAUCGUCCCUUCGCUCGUCGAUCAAGUUUUCAGAGUUGGCGUUGGCCGAAGUUAUUGGAGGUGGUGGCUUUGGUCAAGUUUGGAGGGCCAUGUGGCGGGGGACGCCUGUUGCUGUCAAGGUGCUAACCGGAUCAGCGCAAGCGAAGCACGUGUCCAAGGCAAUUUUGGAGGAGUUUGCAGCGGAAAUCAAUUUGCUCAGUGGCAUGCGCCAUCCAAACAUUUGUUUGUACAUGGGGGCGUGUGUAGACCCUCCCAACCGUGCAAUCAUCACGGAGCUUGCUGCGAACGGGUCGCUUUGGGAUGCACUUCGGCUUCCGCUCUGCCCACCUUUCCAGGCCUCCGACGGAUUCUCGCGACACAGUUGGCCAGACCACAUGUAUACCCCUGGAAAGCAUGGUGCUCCACCAACGUUGACAGCACCAUCAAUUCCUCCAGUUCCAUCGGUGGGAAGUUGGCCGUGGGUUCUUGUGAAGCACGUAGCCUGUGGCGCGGCAAGAGGCAUGGCUUACUUGCACAGCGGAGAUCCUCCAAUUCUACAUAGAGAUUUGAAGAGCGCGAACAUUCUGUUAAACGAAUCCUACACCGCGAAGGUUUGUGAUUUUGGGCUCAGCAGAUUGAAAGCGCAGGAAAGGAGCAUGACAGGCAACUGUGGCACAGUUCAAUGGAUGGCACCUGAAGUUUUAGCCAAUCAACGUUACAAUGAAAAGGCAGAUGUAUACAGCUAUGGCAUCAUCUGUACAGAACUAUUGACCAGAGAGUGCCCCUACGAGGGCAUGACGGCGAUACAGUGUGCAUUGGCGGUACUGAACCGCGAUCAACGGCCCGAGCUGCCCAAAUGGUGCCCACCACCACUGAAGGCACUCAUCAAGGCAUGCGUCAAGAAGAAUCCAGCUGAAAGACCUACAUUCACCCAAAUUAUUGCGGCGUUGGAUGCUAUGCCGUGAGCUUCCUGCUACUAGUACGUGACUGGUAGUUCUGGUCGAUGCUAUAAGGAUUGAAGACACAGACUUUCUUCUACUAGAUAACACUUACAUACUUUGAUUCAUAUUGAAACCCCG